UUUUCCAGUUCUCUCCAAACUUAUCGUCUGUAAUUUUCUUAGCAAAACUCACGAGAGGUUCCGAAAACCUUACCUCCAAAUAAAAGAUCCUAGAUUUGGCGGACUUUCCAAAACUGAACAGAUGCUUUUCACCAGGGGUGCUGAAUUAUUGAUGAGCCAGUAGUCUUUAACCUGAGUGAAAUCAAGUCAGCUUCAUCGAUAAUCAAUGCAUCGUCUUCAUUGUUUAACCUGCAGAUUCAUUUGUGACUGGGAUGACUGCAUGUGAAUCGUUGAAUAAAAUUGGAUGUCAGUUCAAAAGUAGAUGUAUGGUAACAACCAUAUGACAGUUGCAUGUAAGUAGUGCAGUUUAAAAAAGAAACAGAAGAGUAAAAACAAAAAAUGCCAUUGAAAACAUUUUCCAGCAAUAAAUGGCCAAAACAUUAUGGAUUUGACAUUGUUGGUGAUGGUCCAUGUUUUGUGGCCUAUGUUGUUCAUGGAAGUGUCGCAUACAAUGCUGGUUUGAAAGCAGGGGACCAGAUUCUAGAAUUAGAAGAUCAUGACGUCUCUAACAUGUCGUUAGAAUCCUUGAAGAAGUUGGCUAAAGGUUGUCCGACCCAACCUCCUCCAGUUGGUGUUGUUUCUAGAUAUCAUCAGGUCGACCUUGUAGGCAGUAGGACUUCUGGUUAUGGAUUCAUAAUAAAGGGAGAUAAACCAGUUACAAUAGAAUCAGUAGAGAUGGAGAGUCCAGCCACAGAUGCUGGGUUGAAACCUGGAGAUAUAAUUUUAGAGGUGAAUGGACAGACAGUUAAAAGGUCAGAUGAGAUGAAAAACUUUCUGUCAGGCAGAUUACGUAGAAUGACUCUAUCAUUAAUACCUAUUAGUAAACAAAUUAAACCUGAACCACAACAAGAUAAUUCUGAAAGUUCCGGUAUUGAAUCAGGAUCAGAAAGGUCUAGCACAUCACAUGGAAGAGAAAGGUCAGAUUCAGAAAGAUCUAGCACAUCACAUGGAACUGAAAGAUCUGAUUCAGAAAGAUCCAUUGGAUCACAUAGAUCUGCAUCACAUGACACCAGUAGGUCAAGGUCAUCACAUAAAAGAGAAAGACAUGUAUCUGAUAGGUCAGGGUCAUCACACUCAUUUGAUAUUCACAACUCAAAGUCAUCUCAUAGAUCAAGAAGGCAUGCUUUAGAUAGUUCAAGGUCGUUAAAUAGGUCAGAAAGGCAUUUGAGGGCAUCAAGGUCAGAUAGAUUAAGACCAGAAGAUAGUAUACGAGAAUCAGAUAAUGGCCUACCUAAACACAGUACACCUUUAGUUGGAAAGAGUAGAAUAAAACAAGCUAGGAUGCUGCAUGAUAAGAUGAAUGAAAUUCUGGGGACGGAUUACGAGAAGAAAAUGGCAACUGUGAGUGUACUUAAACAGUAUGCAGAGGACCGAGACAUUGAAAUGUUAGGACGAGCGUUAAAGGCAAUUCUCAAAACUCCACAACAGAAGAAAAUUAUGAAACAGAUUAGACCAUUCAUCCCACCUAGACAAAGACACAGAUUUGACGAUUUUAUCAAAGAGAAUGAAGUACUUCUUAACAAUAAUGAAGAUGAUGUAUCGCCAGGAAGUCAGAAAAAUAGCGUGAAAAUUUCAACUAUAGUGCAUAGAGAAGAUGGAAGUUUUGGAUUUGUAUUAGCAGGAAAUAAUCCAGUAUUUAUAGAAUCGGUGGAACCAGGUGGUCCUGCUGAUAGGGCAGGGCUGUUAGCAGGAGAUUGUAUUGUCAAUGUCAACAAAAUAGAUGUCAGAAACUACAGCCAUGCCCACCUAGUACAGUUAUUACAGAAUAGUGAUUCUGCUCCACAAGUAGAAGUCAUGAGAACUGGCAAUGAUAAUGGGAGUGUCAGAUUAAAUGGUAGUUUACAUACAAGAACACCAUCCACUUUGUCUUUAGCCUCCACUACAACAAGUCAUGCCUCAUCAGACUGGCAACCUACAGAAGAACAGAAAGAUGGCAAAACAUUUAAACAAAGUGCCUAUUACUUAUUGACAUCAAAAGAAAGAUCUCAGCUGAAGAAAGCUAUGUUGGAAUAUGACAGUAGAAAGAAUGUUGUUGACCUUCACAAGAGAUUGACCCAGAUAUUAGACACUCAUUCUAAGAAGACUUUAUGGAGAUAUAUAUUACCUAUACUUCCUACAGAACACAUGGAUUAUUGUGUCAGUAAAGGAGGUCUACCAAGGAGUCUUGUACAAGAAUUAAAACGGAGAGGAACAAAUGGAAGGAAGAAUCAUGAUAAAAUGUCCAAUUCUAGUUUUGACCUACGACAUAGUACAUGGUCAUCAAAAGCCAGUAGCAGUACCUUAGUAAACCAUGACACAGAUUUCUCAUCACCAUCCACACCAACUAAUGGACCUCAUUUCUCAUCGUUUAAAAAACAAAUGGAGUUUUUAUUAACAUCAAGAGAAAGAAUGCAGCUAAAGAAAGCAUUACAGAUAUACUCCAAAAACAGAAAAAUAGACAACCUAAUAUUAGAUAUGAAUGUGAUAUUAGACACACCAUCUAAACAAAGUUUAUGGAAUUAUAUAGUUCAGUUACUGUCGUCUGCCCAUCAAGAAUAUACUAUCAAAAAAUUAAAUCUCAGUCCAUCUUCCAAAGCUUCAGAUCAAUCAAGUGUUCACAUAACAGACUUCCUAUCAUCAACAGAACCAAGUCCAAGAAUGCCAAGAAAAAGUCUUCUUCAAGAUGGUCUUAAUGGAUUAAGAUUAAAGGGUCAAAACAGAUUAGAUGAUUGGAGAAGAAGCCAUGAAAAUUUGUCUUCUUCAGAAGAUGAUGCCCAAUACAGAACCCUGAAAGCAGGAGUACGAAGGUCAAGAGGUCGAUUAUGGAAAACAAUGCAUCCUGGGUUCAUGUAUUCCUAUGAUGAUAUGGAUGCAAGAGAUGGAACUAAAGGAUUUGACAUUGCUCUGCUGAAAGAAUUAGAACAAACAAGAAGAGCUGUACAAGAGGCAAAAAAAAUGUUCUUAGGGGCCAAUAGAGGGGAAAACCAUGAGUCAUAUGAUUCAGAUUCUGAUGAAGAUCCUACUAACAAAUAUGUAACUGUGAUACCUGUCGGUUUUGGUGAACAAGAAGAGAAAGAUAAAUCCCCUUCAAGUAGCCUCAGACUGAAAAGUAGUUUAAAAAACCCUAUUCCUUUUCAUAAACAAAAUGGCGGAUUAACAAGGACAUUGUCAGGACUAAUUUCGCCUCCUGAAAUUGUGAUAACUGAAUCCGAAUCUGAAAGUGAAAGUGAUCGUGACAAUAUUUGUAAUAACUUUACGCUGAGAGCUGGCGAUUCUUUUAACCGACGAGCUUUAACGGCUUUGAAGGAAUUAGAUGCUGUGAUGGCGGCUGAGGUGUCUGAUUUAGAUGCUGGUUCCAGUGCAUUGGAAAUCGGUCAUAAAGGUCCUAGCAAUGUUACAUUAAGUCCAAAAUCUUCACCCCGUUUGAGACCUAAAUCCAUAUCAUUUACAGAGGAGGUUAUGGUGCAUUCUCCUCCUCCUCCACCUCCCCCUCCCCCACCUCCGCCACUCCCAACUUCUACAGAGGAUGUGAGUGAAUCUAAGGGAAAGAUGAAUGUAAAAAGAAUCAACUGGGAGAAGAUUGAUGCUCAAAAAGUAGGAAACACAGUUUGGGGCCAGCUAGGAGAUGAAGAAGAUCUUGAUGAUGUUCUGAAGUAUCUUGAGCUGGAACAACAUUUUAGUACCAAUCCUGUCAAACCUUCACAAAGAAACCAGAGAAGAAUGUCAGUGUUUACAGAGAAGAAAAAUGAAAUUUACAUUCUUAGUCCUAAGAAGGCUUAUAACAUCUCAAUAUUAUUAGGACAUCUACGGAUGUCAAUAGAUCAGAUGAAACAAGCUUUAUAUUUAAUGGAUGAGGAAAUUCUUACUCCUGAUCUUCUCAAACAGUUACUCACUUUCACUCCAAAUAAACAAGAGAUGGAGAAGUAUGAUACUUUUAAUGGAGAUAUUGAGGAAUUAAGUUUACCAGACAGAUUUGCUUAUGAGAUGAGUCGUGUUCCUGGUUAUGAACAAAGGUUGAAAUCCAUUUUAUUUAAAGCAAAUUUCCAGGAGAAAAUUGAUGACAUGAAAGAGAGUUUACUUUGUAUAAGGAAAGCAUCUUUACAGUUGAGAAACAGUAAAAGAUUGACCAAAAUACUAGAGAUGAUACUUGCUAUGGGUAAUUAUAUGAAUAAAGGAAAUCAACGAGUUGGCGAAGCUGCAGGAUUCAAGAUCUCAUUUAUAUCUCAGUUAGAAGUUACAAAGACAAGUGAUAAUAAGACAACAUUUUUACAUGUCCUUGCCAAUGCUGUAUAUGUCAAAUUUCCUGAAGUUUUAGCUGUUGGAGAAGAGUUGAGUAGUAUACCUGAAGCUGCAAAAGUGUCUGAUAUAAUGGUAAAUCAGGAAAUCCAAGAACUUAGAAAAGUUUUACAGGAAAUAUCCAAUACAUUAGAGAAGUAUGGAUCUCAAAAGACCAGAAUUGGUGUAAAUGACAGAUUCCAGGAUGUAAUGGGUCAUUUUAUAUCAGAAGCAUCAGAUGAGGUGCAAGCUCUAUUCAGACUUCAGGCUAAUGCUAUGGAAGAUUUCCAUCAUGUUGUUCAAUACUUUGGGGAAGAUCCAAAGAAUAUUACCACAACAGAAUUCUUUGGUAUUUUUGCAGAUUUUGUAAUAAAAUUUGAGAAAGCACAUAGAUACAAUUUGAUGUACAAAAGACAUUGACAGAAAGUACUUGGGUAUAUAAAGGCAGCAUCUCUAAUAAAUGAUGGAAGUAGAAGGAAACAAAUGAAUUUUUUUCCAAAUAUACAUGUACUAUCAAAUUUUCCAAUAUGGUUAAG